CCUGCAUGAAACAAUGGAAGCCCCGAAAACCCUAGCUGAACUUCCGCUCUUCAGCUCUGAGUUUCUCCUAUGUGGGGUAGGGAUUGAACAAGUUGUGCUCAUCAGUGUCCAACAUUCGCUCAGAAUGCGCAGCGUAUGGAUCUUUGGAUACGGGAGCCUAAUCUGGAGGCCUGGUUUCGAGUACGAGACGUCAAUGGUCGGCCACGUCAAAGGCUUCCAACGCGUAUUCUAUCAGGGCAACGAUAGGCAUAGAGGAAAUCCUGAACGGUGGGGACGAGUGGCGACCUUGAUGGACUGCGAAGAGUCAACUGUAUGGGGCCGCGCGUUCCUCGUCAAUAUCGACGAGGGAGCGACAGAUUGUCCUCUAGCGUAUCUAGACAACAGAGAAUCGAAGCAAGGGGGCUAUGCCACUCUGACCACGACUUUCUACCCAAGGGCUGGCCAUCUGAGUCCCGUGGAGGCUCUAGUCUACGUAGCGUUACCAAACAAUUCGUUAUAUCUGGGACCGAGGGGCUAUACCGAUAUGGCUCGGGAGAUCAUUGCCAGUCAGGGCGAGUGCGGGUCCAAUGUCGAGUAUGUUCUCAACAUAGCGGAUUUCAUGAGAGAAGAAGUCUACGGGAUCGACGACGAGCAUUUGUUCAUGCUAGAAAUGCACAUACUAUCCGAGCUCCAGCACUGGACCGAACACACGCCGAGUUUCCGGGACAAAGUGGUCUCCGAGCGGUCGUCGUGCGCGAAAUUAGUGCACGCGGCGAAUUCCGCCUGCGACGAUGGGAGAACGUCACAGGGUUGCGCGGCAGGCGCUCAAAACAAACAGCUCCAAGGAGGACAAGCGGCCAACGGUGAUGAUUUCACUUCAUCGCUCCUCGCGCGGAAAUUACGUUGCGUCGACAUUUGAUGAUGUUCCAUUCUAGACGGUGUUCAAGUUCCUUGAAGGUAUGACUUGUGAAAAUUGUUCCUGUUCCGCAAAUUCUUGCGAAGAAGUCAUGUAUGCCAAAUAUUUGCGCCCACCCUUUGUAUAAAUUCCUCUGCUCAGCUCACGUCGGUUUCGGCAGCGGAAAAUUCUCUUUCCAUGUAUUUACAAUGUGUCCGGUGCGCUCGUGCAGAUGAAUAGACUUCCCUAGGUGUUGAAACAAUUUUGAGAGUGAGUGGAAUUUCUGUCAGUCGCGCCGAUUCCGUUUCCCCUCGGACCCUUAAGCUCCCACGGACUUGGCUCAUGAAGUCCGGUUCACGGGCAGAGUUGCAGGUCGGGUCGACUGCUCUCAUCAGUGAUCAGCCGUGUCGUCCGUCGUAUCCAUGUCCUCGCAUUGCAAUCUUCGCUAUCAGAGGAUGCAGCAACGAUUUGAGAAUUGUAAUUGACCAAGAAUCCGAACGAAUUGACAAAGGGGGUCUCGGUUCUCUGAGUCGAACGAUCAUAAUGAAUCGAGAUGGGAUGAUGGGACCCGAGCAGCUCCAGUGGGAAUCUUCCCGGUGAAUCGUGUGGAUGACGCGCGAAGUGCUUGUGAU